AUGGUACUUCGGUUUUGCUUAGACCUUGUGUCUGUUUUCAUUGGAGCUUUCCACGUUCGAAUAGCUCUGCUUGCAGCAAAACUUAAUCUGCCUUACUAUGUGACAUCUUGCCAGCCUUCUGAUUUUUUGAACGAUGGCGCUUGGCUACUCUUGGUGGAGGAUGUCAAUGUUGCCUCACCGCAUCUCAAUCACUUAUUGACCGCUUCCAACGACUACAUUUUGGCUUUCACCGCAAUAUCCGACACUCACACGGGUUAG